CAAGUUCUUACGAAUAUCCUACAGAAAGUUCAAAAGCGCAAAAAUGAGUUGUCACGUACCUGGAUGCACAAGCACCAGGAAAAAAGUGAUUUUACAUGGUUUUCCAACAAGGAAUGACAAAAUGUACGAAAUUUGGGUUGAACGCACUAAUAAUCCGAAACUGGAUGGUAUAGAGUUCGAAAAAAUGCACAGGACUCGAUAUAUUUGCGACAUGCAUUUUGCUGAUUGUUGCAAAGUACAACUAACAAAGACAAAAAAGUCAAAUCUUAAAGUUAAUGCACUGCCAACUAUAAAUAUGCCUGGAUUUGAUGGAGACCCUCUCGAUGAAAAAAAUUGUCUUUUGGAUAAAGCAACAUUCCAACUUGGUAGGAAUUUGAUACGAAGGAGAAAUAACAUUGUCUAUUAUCAAAUACCAGGAGAACAUACUACGAACAAAUAUGAUAACAUAUUCACUCAAAGAGAAUGUUAUUCUCCAGAAAUUUCAUCUCACAAUAACAUUCAUUUUGCACAUUGCAAUGAGGUUGAUAUGAAUCAAGAAGUUGAUAUUAAACAAGAAGUUGAUAUUGAGCAAGAAGUUUAUGUUAAACAAGAAUUCGAUAUACAAGAAGUUGAUGUGUAACUAGAAGUUAUGUCUAAUUCAAAGGCAACACUGGAACAUGUCAUGCACAUCAAACAGUUGAUAGUUACAUGAACAGUCAGCAUAAGUAUUUUGAGACACCUUUGGGAAAGUCAGAAGAAAAAUUCUUUAUACUAGGAGGUCACUUC